AUAUAUAACUACUGAUAGAUGUGUAUCCACCAUUGCAAUAGAACAAAGCGCUCUGAAAUAAGAACUAAUUACUAAAAGGAGGUUAAGAAUGGAAGGAAUCAAGACAUUCAUGUUGGUUCUCAUGCUAGCCAUUCUGGCGGGACUGUCUCACCACGCAAGAGCAGCCACGCAGAGUCCAUGGUGCGCAGCCAGGUGCGUGGCCCCGAAAUGCCACGUCACUUCGCGAGACUUCUGCAAGACUCACCCAGGCACCGUGUACGAGCCAAAAGGAGGCUUCUGUGGCUGCUGUCCCGGUUGCGUUAGAUAUGUCGAUGUCGGCGGUUCGUGCUCUGAUCCACGAUUGAAUGGAUUUUACGUGAAAUGUCGAAAUUCUACGUGCAACAAUGACACUAAAAAAUGUGAAGCUUCUGGGUAACGUGACACGAAGAGUCAGCACUUCCUGAUUUCUUAGCCGAACCUUCUUAACGUAUUUUGUAAACGAACACAGAAUCGUGACAUAACUUACAUUUGUGAUACAAUAUCUUUAUUCGCCGCGAAAUUAAUUGUACGUUUCACAGUCAAUUUGAACAGCUCUGCAGAAUAGACUUAUCUGUGGAUCUUUAAAACUGACUCUGAAACAUUAUAUUUUAUAGCGAAUUUCUUUAUACCACCACGAAAACUGAUACGUCACGAAACUGGAUAUGUUUAUCUUAAUAUUAAAUUGUUUGAUGUGUUGCUUGGGUUCAGGUUUAAUAUAUAGGACUACACGAGUUCGUAAUGACAAUGUAUAUUAAUGUUAUCUUAUUGUCAUAAUUAUUAUAUAUCGCCGUUAUUGAUUGAAAUGUUAAUAUAAUUAUUGUCAACUUUAUGGUUUUCUUUAAGGGCGAAUGUAUUAGCAGCACAUGUUCUAAAUAUAUGACAAACAAAAUAAAGCAAAUUUAUUCAAAAUCGCA